AACUCUUCAGUUGCUCUCAUCGUUUAACUGUUACCGCAAUAUACUCUAAUAAUCGCAUUAUUAUGGCAACUAUCAGUUAUUACUUUAUUGCUUUAUUAGUCUGUGCUGUUUGUACGUAUACAAAUGGUAAAGCUAAUCGUCAAAGUAGUACUCCUUCAGGUAGACCUAAUCGUCAGAGUAGUACUUCAGAUUUUCAACAAGAUGACUUAAUUAUAUACGGAGAGACCUAUAAGAUGGGCUUAAUCGCAUUUGUAGAGGAAGAUGGUGUAAAUCCGAUUCCAGAAAAAGAUCCGAUUUGGAUUGUAUACCAAAAUGAACCAGCCUACUAUGAUGUUCUCGGAAAGCUUGCCCGAAACGGAUUAUAUGGUGAUGAUAUAUACAAUAAGGAAUAUACUUUCGCAACAGGUGAUCUGGAAUUUGACGAGCUCUCGACAUAUGAACAGUCCUCAAAUAAAUAUUAAUCUUGAUUUAUAGAUUUUAUUAUACAUUAUUAUGAUUAUACUAUUAUGUUCAUUUAA